GCUUUGUUUACAAGCAGUCCAGGCCGAAAGUGUCAGGAUUCCAGAGAGAGAAAAACUGCCAGAAUGAGCACGCGAAAUGUGAUGAUCACGGACCUGGAUCAGCCAGAUCCCGAACAGCAGCAGCAACAUCCAAAGAAGAACAGGAAGGUUCUCCAGACGCUGUCGGGCAACUUUAGUCGCCGCUCAAGAAGUGUGGAGGUGGAAGUGAAGCAGCGACAGGACAACUUGGGCAUAGGUCACAAGGACCGCAGGAAGGAUCGCUCCUUCAACACGCUGCUGCAGGCCAAGGAACAGCAGUUGGAGCAGCUCGUCCAGCGAUUGGCCACGUUGCAUCGCUACAACGACCAGUUUGCCAAGGAGAAUGACCAGCUGCGCCAGGACAGUGGCCAUUUGGAGCGGCGUCUGGCCGAGGCGGAGCAGCAGGUGGCCAGUUGUUCCCGCUGCCAGCAGCUUGGCCAGCGUCUAGACACCGUUCUCAGCCAGAAUCGAACACUCGCCGGCGAUGUGGAUAUGCUGAAGACGCUGGUCUUCAGGCUCAACGUGCAGAUCGAGAGCUACCAGGAUCAGAGGCGCCACGGCGAGGAGCCUUCCGGAUCAGCCAAAGCCAGUUCUUCAACUGCAUCCUGUCCUCCUUUACCCACUCACACGCUGGGUCCACUCCUGCAGGCCUACGACGAAUCCCUGAGGGACAAGGAUGCUCUGCUGGCUCAAUUUAACGCGGAGUUUGAACACUUUACGGGGGAACUAAAAAGAGCUCUGGAGGAGAACACCAAGUUGCUGCAAACGCAGGAGCAAAUGCGUCGCGAUCUCGGAGGCUGGCGGGAGGAGCGUGUUUGCCUGGUGGCCCAACUGGGCGUUUGCCGCUCCAAGGCGGAGGCCCAGACCCGCAAGACGGACCUGGCCAAAGAGAAGCUGGUGGAGGUGAUGCACUGCUACGAGCAGCGCACGCAGACGCUGCUCCUGGACAUGGACCACCUGCAGGCGGCCUAUGCGCGCACCAAAUCGGAGUUGGCCGCCUUGAAGAGUGCUGCUCCAGCUGCUCCUCCUCCCGUUGCAGCUCCCCUUCCCGCCGAAUCCGAUGCAGUGCAGCAGUGCAAAGUGCUGCUCGAGCAACUGAGGCAGGAGCACGCGAGGGAGCGAUCCUCUCUCCAGGAGCAGCUGCAGGCCACCACCGCACGGGCGGCUUCCCUCGUUCGCAGCACGGAGAAGGCGAAACAUGGCAGGGAUCGGCUGAAGGCUCGUCUGCGGAUGGCCCUGCAGUGGGCUCAAAAGCUGGAGGCGGGACAGGCGGAGGUGCGCGACACAUACGAGUCGGUGCGACGUUUAGAAGUGCUCGUCCAGCACAAGGAGUCGCAGCUGCGCGGACUACACGCCCGCAAUGCCGAGGAAAUGGACAAGCUGCGCUAUAAACUCCAACAAAAGGAGGAAACCAUACGCACCCUGCUCAAAAGCAAGAUGGAGCGGCGGCCGGCGGUGGACUAACGACUAGAAUAUAGCUUUUAACAAUUAAAAAUAUAUAAUUUCAAUACAAAAUACA